AUGGCUCCCGUUCCUCAGCACUGCCAGUGCGUAGGUCCGAGUCACCCCAAAACGCGCCUUGUCCUGCGCCGCGCUGCUGUGUACCGCGAGGGGUUGGGGCUGGCUUCCCGCGCGCCGGCGGUCAGCACCUCCGAAUCCAGCACGGGGACGGGGACCACCACCCCAUCGACUCCCACCUCCACCAGCCAGAGCCGCCUCAUCGCCUCCUCGCCCACCCUAAUCUCAGGAAUCACCAGCCCCCCCCUCCUCGACUCCAUAAAGACAAUCCAGGGCCACGGCUUGCUGGGGGCACCCAAAGCGGAACGAGGCCGUAAGAAAAUCAAGGCGGAAAAUCCCUCGGGACCGCCGGUCCUGGUGGUGCCCUAUCCCAUCCUGGCUUCGGGGGAGACGGCCAAAGAGGGGAAGACGUACAGGUGUAAGGUCUGCCCCUUGACGUUCUUCACCAAGUCGGAGAUGCAGAUCCACUCCAAGUCGCACACAGAGGCCAAGCCCCACAAGUGCCCCCAUUGCUCCAAAUCCUUCGCCAACGCCUCCUACCUGGCCCAGCACCUGCGCAUCCACCUGGGCGUCAAACCCUACCACUGCUCCUACUGCGAGAAGUCCUUCCGCCAGCUGUCCCACCUCCAGCAGCACACCAGCUCCACCACCUUCAUUGUCCCCACCACGCUCGUCAUCUCCACCACCCUCACCAUCUCCACCACCUUCUUCGUCCCCAGCACCUUCGUUAUCCCCACCAUGCUCAUCAUCUCCACCACCUUCUUCAUCCCCACCACCCUCACCAUCUCCACCACCUUCAUUGUCCCCACCUUCUUCAUCCCCACCACCACCUUCUUCGUCCCCACCACCCUCAUCAUCUCCACCACCUUCAUCCCCACCACCCUCAUCAUCUCCCGCACCUUCGUUGUCCCCACCACGCUCGUCACCACCACCUCGCAGCCUUCUCACCAGCGCCAGCACAACAAGGACAAGCCCUACAAGUGCCCCAACUGCUACCGGGCCUACACCGACUCGGCCUCGCUGCAGAUCCACCUCUCGGCGCACGCCAUCAAGCACGCCAAGGCUUACUGCUGCAGCAUGUGCGGCCGCGCCUAUACCUCGGGACACGAGCUCUGA